AUGAGCGCAGCCGACAUGUAUCAUUUUCCAAGCAAGAGGGCGGAUCUGGCCAACCAGGGCGAUGUGGUGGACAUUACCUCGAGCCCCGACAACAGCCCCGCGAAGGCGAACGGUCAACGUAACGCAAUGCGCAAAACAGCGCCGAAUAUGCACGCCAAUAGCGGUCCCAAGCGAUUAGUGGUCAAGAAUUUUAGGCCUACAAGAAAGGUAGACCCUAGGGUCUUCCUGGAUCAGACAUGGCAGAAGAUCGAGAAGGCACUGGAUACCAUCUUCCAGCAGGGCGAUAUCGAUUUCAGUCUUGAGGAGCUGUAUAGAGGCGUAGAAAACGUCUGUCGUCAGAAUAUGGCAAAGGAUGUCAAGGAGCGACUUAUCAUCAAAUGUAGAGACUACGUUGGAGGUAACUUGAAAGCCAAGGUCAAGGAAAGCCUGGGCAGGACCAACGUCGAUGUGCUGCGGGCGACGCUGCAGGCUUGGGUGACAUGGAACAGCCAGAUGAAAUACCUUGACUGGAUCUUCUGCUAUCUCGACCGCGCCUACCUGCUCCCACGUCACGAAUCCCUACGCGAGAUCUCGGUCGGCCUCUUUCGCGUCAUAAUCUUCGAACAUGACAAGCUAAAUCCUCGUAUCAUCGACGGCGCCUGUGACCUUGUCGCAUCUGACCGAGCAAGCAGCGAUCUUGAUGGUGACAUAUUCUCCAAGACUAUCAAGAUGUUCCACGACAUGCAGGUCUACACACGGCACUUUGAACCGCGUUUGAUGGAAGUCAGUCAGGAAUUCAUCGUGAAAUGGGCUGACGCGGCGAGUUCCGAGAAGUCUUUGCCUGAUUACGUUCGUAGUGCAAAGGCGCUUAUGGACCGCGAGUUGAAAAGAGUAGAGAUGUUUAGCCUUCCCAACACAACCAAGCGAGAACUCCUUACACUGCUCGAAGACCAUCUGAUAUCAAAGAAGGAGUCGAGACUGACAAACCAAGAUGACCUCGCUGACCUCCUUGAGACUAAUGCCAUUGAAGACCUUGGAUUGCUGUAUAAAAUGCUCCAAAGGCGGAAGCUGGGCUCACAUCUGCGGUCAGGUUUCACCAAAUGGAUCGAAGAUGAAGGAACGGCUAUCGUCUUUAACGAGAAAGAGCAAGAGAACAUGGUGACCCAACUCCUGUCCCUGAAACGCCAGCUAGACACACUGUGGAAAACAUCUUUCCAUCGGGAUGAAGAGCUUGGUCACGGCUUGCGAGAAUCCUUUGACAGGUUUAUGAACAAGACAAAGAAGACAUCAGCAAGCUGGGGUACAGAUAAUUCCAAGACUGGCGAGAUGAUCGCCAAAUACGUCGACAUGUUAUUGAGAGGCGGCGCGAAAGCAAUACCGGCGCAGCUUAGUCGCAAAGCAGAGAAGCCCGCUGCGGUAGAGGGCGAGGAUGAUAAAGAAGAUGGCGUGUUUGACGAAGACACGGAAGUCAACGGUCAACUAGACCAAGUGCUCGAUCUAUUCCGCUUUUUACACGGCAAAGCCGUCUUUGAAGCUUUCUACAAGAAGGAUUUGGCGAGACGACUUCUAAUGGGAAGGAGUGCGAGUGCAGAUGCUGAAAGAAGCAUGUUGUCAAGGUUGAAGAUCGAAUGCGGUGCUGGGUUCACUGCCAACCUCGAGCAAAUGUUUCGUGACAUCGAGCUUUCGCGGGAAGAAAUGAGUUCAUACAAGAACAUCAGCGAAGAGCGCAACGAGAAAUUAGGCCUUGAUCUGAACGUCAACGUCCUCUCUGCAUCAGCCUGGCCAACGUACCCUACUGUUCCAGUCAUCCUACCUCCACAAAUCCAGACUGCAAUCAGCAAGUUUGAAGCACAUUACAAGAUCAAGCACUCUGGUCGCAAACUCGAGUUCAAGCACGCACUUGCGCAUUGUCAACUCAAAGCAAAGUUCCCCAAGGGACUGAAAGAGCUGGUCGUUUCUUCGUUUCAGGCCAUCGUUCUUUUGCUCUUCAACGGUCGUGAAGAUGACGAGCACAUUGACUACGACUACCUUAAGCAAGCCACAGGACUACCAGCCACGGCCGAGCUCAACCGUACUCUACAAUCGCUCGCUUGCGCGAAAGUACGACCCCUGACAAAGCACCCCAAAGGUCGAGAGAUCAACGAAACCGAUACCUUCACACUCAACACUUCCUUCACCGACCCUAAAUACCGCAUCAAAGUCAACACUGUCCAGCUCAAAGAGACAGCGGCAGAGAACAAGGAAACACACGAGCGUGUUGCUGCCGACCGUAAUUAUGAAACUCAAGCCGCCAUUGUCCGAAUCUUGAAGGCGAGGAAGAGGAUCAGCCAUGCGGAAUUAGUCAGUGAGACAAUAAAGGCGACAAAGAAUCGAGGCACAUUGGAAGUCAGCGGCAUCAAAAGAAACAUUGAUCGGCUGAUUGAAAAGGAGUUUUUGGAGAGGGAGGACGAUGGUUUGUAUGCUUAUAUUGCUUAG